UUCAUCAUUACCCGAAAAUACAAAUUACGGAUCAAAAGACUGAAGACUUAUAUUCCUUCGUCUCUUACACACAAAAUUCACAAAAGAAAACAAGAAAAAACUCCAAUGGAUUAUUCUUCUUCGUUAUCUUCUCUGAGCUUUCAUUUCAAUAGCUUCAGAGCUUCAGCGAACUCGUUCCUCUCACAAUACGAACCUCUUCUUCUGCUUCUCGCUCCUCUCUUCUCUCUCAUCCUCGCACACUUGCUUCGCUCAUUUUUCAAUCUCAUCCAUGAAAGAGGCCUCAAAGCUUCGCUCCUAGGGUUUCUUAUGAGCUCUGUCAAAUUGAUCCCUGGAGUGAAGAGUUACAUUGAUAGAGAAAAACAGAAGGUUGUGGAUAAAAUGCAGUCUGAUGGUAAAUCUAAAAGAGAAGGUUGGAGAACAGAGUUGCCAAGCACAGGACUAGGCACUUUAGUACUUGAGAAAAUGAAAGAGGAGAAAAGAAAAGAUGUGGCUUGGCAAGGCAAAUGCUCUGGUACAGUCUACAUUGGUGGAAGUGAAAUUGAUGGACAUUUUUCUCUGAUAAAUGAAGCAUGCUCAAUGUUUGCACAUACCAAUCCCUUGCAUUUGGAUGUAUUCCAGAGUGUUGGACGCUUUGAGGCAGAAGUGGUUGCAAUGACUGCAGCACUUCUUGGAAGUCAGGAAAAAAGUUCUGGAGGACAAGUAUGUGGCAAUAUGACAUCAGGAGGGACUGAAAGUAUAUUAUUAGCAGUCAAAUCAUCUCGUGAUUAUAUGAAAUCUAAGAAAGGAAUUACAAGACCCGAAAUGAUAAUUCCUGUGUCUGCACACUCAGCAUAUGACAAGGCUGCACAGUAUUUCAAUAUCAAACUAUGGCGUGUUGCAGUUAACAAAGACUUCCAAGCGGAUGUAAAAGCAAUUCGACGCCAUAUUAACAAAAAUACCAUCUUGAUUGUUGGAUCUGCGCCAGGGUUUCCUCAUGGAAUAAUUGACCCCAUUGAAGAACUUGGUCAGUUGGCAUCAAGCUUUGGUAUUUGUCUCCAUGUAGACCUUUGCCUGGGUGGCUUUGUAUUGCCUUUUGCCCGUGAGCUUGGGUACCCUAUACCACCUUUUGACUUUUCUGUUAAAGGAGUAUCUUCAAUAUCAGUGGACGUGCAUAAAUAUGGUUUAGCUCCCAAAGGAACAAGUAUAGUCCUGUAUAGAGACCAUGAAAUCAGAAAGGUAAGUCAUUGGCCUGGUCAUAAAGUAUUAGGCAUUUUUGAAGCACCUACAGAAUAUCUUGUUGAAUCAGGAUUUGUUUUGUUCUUCAGAAUAUCUUGUGACCCUAUUCAUCAAUUUGUUGCUGUUCCAAAUUCUACUUAUCUCAGUGGCCUUCCAAUGAUUUGCUUUCCUUUUCUGCCAGUUCUAGUUCUUAAUUCAUGGUAUAUGGCAAAUCAAUGGUCAUUUUGUUCUACAGGUUACUUGGAAAACACGAAAACAAUUAUGGAAGCAACAAAAAGAAUACAAAAAGGCAUAGAAGAAAUUUCUGAGUUGUAUGUUGUUGGAAGACCUGACAUGACCAUUGUGGCUUUUGGAUCUAAUGUCCUGGACAUAUUUGAAGUGAAUGAUUUGAUGACAUCCAAAGGGUGGCAUUUGAAUGCUUUGCAGAGACCCAACAGCAUCCAUAUCUGCGUGACACUGCAGCAUGUGCCAGUUGUUGAAGACUUCCUCACUGAUUUGAAGGAAUCCGUUAAUACUGUGAAGGAAAAUCCUGGUCCUAUAAGUGGAGGCCUAGCACCGAUAUAUGGUGCCGCAGGGAAGAUGCCAGAUAGAGGCAUGGUCCAGGACUUGCUGGUGGAUUAUAUGGACGGUACCUGCUAGUGGCUCUCGUCAAAUACUAAGACAUCCUUUACCAGAUUUUUCUGACAACAUGUACUGUAAUUGAUACUUCUCAAAUGAUAUUCCGAUUAUACAUUUAUACUCUGCAUUCUUUCAUGCUUUGGGGACUCGAAUGGUAAACAAUAAAGCCAGUGUCUGUUUAUUGUUU